GCGAUGAUGGUGCAAAAUCAGCCUGAGAAGAAGAAAAGGAAAAGAAAGAAGCUCGAAGCCCCUAAAACAAAGAAGAAGAAAGUGGUAGCUGUCAAAGGAGAUGAUUUAGGUGAACUGAAUGCUGACGAUUUUAUGGCUUCGUUCGACGAUGACAACGAUGCCAUCCAAGGGUCAGAGUCACCCGUCAAGCCUAAGCCUAAGGCCAAGAAAAAGUCAAAGAAAUCUAAACCUGCUGUAUCUGACGAGACGGCUGACUCAUCAGGACAGACUGCAGAGGAGUCUGAUCAGACUCCAGAGACCGCUAGCAAGGAUGAAAACAUUCCCAAGUCGGGCAAUGUUAAGAAAGGGCUGUCACGACUCGGAGAAAAGGAUUCCGAUUUCUUCAAAUUUCUACAAGAGAACGAUCCAUACCUUCUUGAUUUCAGUGGGGCUGAAGAUUCGGACGGUUUAUCCGGAGUAGAUUCAGAGGAUGAGAUUCCAGAAGAUUUAGAAGAUGAGGCAGAGAACAUGUCAGAUAAUGAUCCAGAUCCUAAUACAGAAAUGGCUGGUCAAGAAGAACCUGAACUUGCAGAACCCACUGUCACUGCAAUUAAUGUUACGCCACAGCUCCUCAAAAAGUGGAAGUUAAACCUGGAGAAGAACAGUUUGCCAACGUGGAAGCAGCUUGUCAGGGCAUUCCAAGCUGCUGUCGUUACCGCUAAAGGAGAUGAACCAGAAUCCGAGAUGAAGUACACCAUAGUAGACCCAGAUAUUGUUAAUAAAGUCAUCAUGAUGUGUCUGAAGUAUACCAGUGAAUUGCUGAAGAGUCACCUGGGAGAGAAUCCUACUAGUUCCACUAAGUGGAACAGACUUAAAAUGUCUCUCAAGUCUUAUCUUACCAGUCUGACUGAGUUAUUAGGUCUGCUGACGAGUAACGAUGUACUGUGUGCAGUGAUGAGGCACUGUAAAGCCAUGUUACCAUACUAUGCUGCUUUCUCUAGACUUAUCAAGAAGUUUGUUAAGAGUCAUGUAGCUGUGUGGGGUAGCAAAUCUGAGCUUUCUCGAGUUGUAGCUUUCACUUGUCUUCAGGCGGUAGUGAAGAAGAUACCCACAUUCCUGGAGGACAUGUUGAAGAAAAUGUACGUUGAGUACACCAAGUGCAGUAAGAUGAUGAACCCAAAGUCACGUGACAACAUUAUGUUGAUGAGGAACAGUCUUGUGGAAAUGUUUAAAAUAAACCCUUCCAUCACUUACACCACGGGGUUCCUUUACAUCCGACAGUUAGCAGUGACAUUACGCUCAGUGAUCGUUAACAAGAAGGAUGUUGAGUCCGUCUAUAACUGGCAGUAUGUCAACUGUUUGCACGUGUGGGUAUCUGUGUUAUCGGAUUGUGAUGCUUGUCUUCAACCCCUCAUCUUCCCUCUCAUACAGGUAAUGAUGGGUGUGAUAAAGUUGCACAGUUCGCCGUGUUUCUACCCCCUCCAUCUCCACUCCAUCCGCCUCAUGCUCCAUCUUGCUGCUGCCACUAACAAGCACAUUCCUCUGGUACAUUCCUUGUUAGGAACUCUGGACUUCUGUGCUGUGGUCCACAAAGCACCUGCUACCAAACCUGUUGAUCUUACUUGUGUUCUCAGGGUAACGAAAGGUUACAAGAAGACAAAAGCGUUCCAGGACGGUGUAUUCGACCUGACAUAUGAACUCCUCCUGAACUACAUUUCUCAACUGUCACAAAGCAUCAGUUUCCCUGAGGUCUCUUUCCCUGUAAUUGUGUGGUUGAGGAAGUUUAACAAAAAGUGCAACAAUCCUAAGUACACUUCUCAGAUGAAACAACUACUAGAAAAGAUGGAAGCGGUAUCACGUGACCUCACCGAGAAAAGGUCGAGCGUCUCCUUCACCCCCAAGGACCUGGACAAGGUGACAGAGUGGGAGAGUCAGCUUCCUGACUCUGCUCUUACUAAAUACUUCAACACCUGGCUCAAGAUACACCGAGCUGUGGCGGCUGCUAAUAAGAGUGCUGAAGAGGAGGAGGAGGAAGGAGGGGAAGGUGAGGAGGAGGAUGUUGGAGCUGAUGAUAGCGAUGAGGAAGGGGAAACUGCACCAUCUCCUAAGAAGAAAGCGAAGAAAUCCAAGAAGUCAAAGACGAAAGACACUCCUGACGCAAAUGGAAUAGAAAAUGUCAACGGUGCUUCUUCAGAUGCAUCAUCACCAGAUAAAAAGAAAAAGAAGAAGAAGAAAACGAAAAAGGUAGAAGAAGAGACGAAAGUUGAUGAAGAUGUAGAAUUUGUUGACACUGGUGAUAUGGUGGAAGACAUCGUUUUAUCUGACUGAUCCAGCUGUUUUUUAGGUUUUGAACUGUUGUCCAUUAUGAUUUUUCUGCAUCGUUUUUUCGGGACGUCGUAGGAUUUUUGUUUCGCCAAUUUUAUUCCUUGACCGUUGUGGAACAGCAAGACUGUUUCAACAAAAAAUAUUUUGGGUUUCUUAAGUUAUUAUUUUUAGACGACUAAUUUAUUGAAGUUUUAGAUCAUUUGAAGCAUCGAUUCAGAUUCAAAAUUUCUUUUACA